AUGGCUACAGCUGCUCCAACCGUGGAAGAUGUACAGACUGAAACCCAAGUGCUGGAGGAGUCCCCAAAGGGGAAGAAGUUACCUCUUGGGGAAGGACUGGAGAAGCAUCCUUUGGAGAACAGGUGGGCCUUAUGGUUCUUCAAGAAUGACAGGAAUAGAGCUUGGCAAGACAAUCUUCAUCUAGUUACCAAGUUUGAGACUGUGGAGGACUUCUGGGCGAUCCAUAGCCAUAUCAAACUGGCCAGCAAACUGUCCUCAGGCUGUGACUAUGCCCUUUUCAAGGAUGGCAUCGAGCCAAUGUGGGAAGAUAACAGGAACAAACAUGGUGGCCGAUGGCUGGUCAGCCUGGCCAAGCAACAUCGUCAAAGCAACCUGGAUCGGCUCUGGCUAGAGACGCUUCUUUGUCUGAUUGGGGAGGCCUUUGAGGAGUACAGUGAGGAAGUGUGUGGGGCUGUGCUCAAUGUUCGCACCAAGGGGGACAAGAUAGCCAUCUGGACCAGUGAGGCUGAGAACCAGCCAGCUGUCACCUUUAUUGGACGUGUCUACAAGGAGAGGCUGGGGCUCUCUCCGAAGGUCAUUAUUGGCUACCAGGCUCAUGCAGACACAGCCACCAAGAGCAACUCUUUCACCAAGAAUAAAUUUGUGGUGUGA